AUGGACGAGACAGCCGGGGACCUCCCAGUCAGAGAUGUGGGACUGAUGAGGUCGGGACUGAUGCUAACUGUACCAGAUACUCUACGGGAUGUGAAGACAUGGAAGAAGCAUCAUGCCAUGAAGAAAAAAGAGCCUCAGCGCCUGUUUCGGUUUCCCAGGGAGCACCUGGAGGACCUGUGUCUCAGACUGCAAGAGGAAAACAGUGUGCUAAGACAACACACUCGUACACAAGAGAUGAGGUUACGCAGGAUGUCUACCAGACUGAUGCGUCUCCGUCACCUCCGUCCUGGAUCCAAUGGUGUGAAGGAGAGGGACAUGGAGGACACCAUACAGGAGCUGGAAGCCUGUGUAGCUACACUGGAGAGCCAGAAAGGGUUGCUGCAGAACAAACUCAGCCUGGCCAAGCAGCACAUUAUGGACCUCGGGGGAUGCACGCCAUACAAGUUCAAUAAAGGUAAAUAUAUGGAAGUGGAGGGCAGAGUCAGGAGAGCAGCCCAGACUGCCCCGCCCCGCUACGGCCCCACAUUGGAAGACACCAGGGAAGAGAUGGAGAUAUUCAGGUCCAGUGUAACCGAGCAGGUGAGGGCUGCAGAGCUGGAGCUGACUGCGCAGGCGCUCAGAGACACACUGCGAGAGAAAGAGAAAGAGAUAGAGGGAACUGUGAGAGACAUCAGGAAGCAACAGGCUGACAGACACAGAAUAACUAUUAGAGAGAAUGUGGAUCUGAUCCGUCUUCAAAAGCAACUUUCAGACAAGAGCACCGCUCUGAGAGUCACCCAGGAGAGGUUCAACAGCCUGCAGGAGGCAUAUGAGAAUCAGCUCGAGGAGCGUCAGAGGUCACUGAGUGAAAGCCAGGGAGCUCUGCUGGAGAAAGUGGAGGAGCUGACUGAACAGCUGAAGCAGGAGAGACAGAGAGCACUGGAACUGGAGGGACAACUUACCACUAGUACCCUGUCGCUACAGACCCUGGACAAGCUACAGGACCGUCUAUCAGACCUGGAGGGAGAGAGGGAUCUAAUAAAAGAAAACUAUGACGCUCUAUUAGAAAGUACUUUAUCUUUGCAAAGCAAUCCCGAUGGCAUGGUGGAACGACAUAGAGAUGUGAACCAAAGGAGGGAGGAACAGGGAGAACAUACCAGCAGGAUGGACAUCCAGAGACUUGAAGAAAUGCUGCAAGAAGAGAGGGGGGAGAGAGGCAGGCUGGAGAAGGAGAAACUGAGACAAGAGAAGGAAAUGUUGGAGGAGAAGAGGGAGCGAGAAAGAGAGUCUUCUGUGACUACGAUUGACAAGCAGGAGCAUCUGGAACAGGAGGCUUUCCAGUACAGAAGGCAGAUUUCUACUCUACAGGACAGACUGGACUCUGUCACAAAGGAGUUUGACAUGAGUAUUGAGGAUCUCAGUGAAACUCUGAUACAGAUCAAGGCAUUUAGGAUGCAGCAAGAGAGCAGAGCAGGGCUGGAUUUUCUCUGGGCCAAUGGGAAGGUGGAGGAUUCGCCCCGUGAGCUGAUAAACAUCCAGGCAUUGCAUGCUGAGACUGUGCUGGAAUUACAGAAAACCAGAAACCUUCUACUGCUGGAGCACCAUAUCAGUAAAGACCUCCAGGAAGAGUUGAACACAGUCAACCAGAAGAUGGAAAGAGAGAGGCAGGAGAGCUGGAGGAAGAUCUCAGAGAAAGACAAACUUUUAUCAAAAAAAGCUAUUCAGAGCAAUGCUUUACAAGCUCAGUUGAAAGAGUUAGCAUACAGCCCAAGGAACUGCAAGCGGACCAUACCAAUGCAGUACACCUGGCCAGCUGGAGACCAGGAGGUGGUAGAGCCCAUUGAGGAGGACAUGUCUUUAUCUCAGCUGAGGGCUGGGGAGUCACUGUUGGAGAUCCACCUUAAGGCCGCCACCUUCACCCCAGCAGGGCUUCGUACCAUGGGCAGCAUCCACCUUGAAGACAUUGUGACCUUCUGCACCUAUAGUCUUUUGGACUUUGAAGUGCACUCCACCCCUCUGGUGUCAGGCAACCAACCAGACUAUGGCUUCACGUCAUGCUACGCUCUCACAGCCCGAGAUCUGGGGAGGCUGGGAGCUCAAGGAUCAAGGGUCAGAGUAGAGCUCCACCAGGCGUUAGGAGGGGUCAGGUUUGUGACACAUGGAAGUGGGCAGAUGUCCCUCAUGGGUGCUAUGGAGCAGAAAGGGGAGCGCGUCUGUGGAAAUGUCAAUAUCACAGGCUCUGAGGGUGCACUUGUUGGUGUUGUGGAUUUCUGGGUGCGCCUGUUUUAUCCUGCAGAGCCCAUUGACACUAUGGCAGAGAUAGGAGCUGACAGGAGAACAGCGCCACAGAGGAGUCCUGUGCACAUCACUCUUGGCUGGCAGGAUGCUGGUCAUGAGGCGUUACAUGACUAUGGUGGGGGGAUCCCCAAUGAGUUGGUGGUUGUGUUGGAACGCUGCGUGGGUCUUAAUGCUCGUUGGCCUGGACUUCUUCCUGAUGCCUACUUGACAUACAGGUUCUACGACCUGCCGCCUCACGUCUCUCAAACGGUCCAGUCCACCGCUGACCCGGUGUUCAGUGAUACUACCAGCUACCCGCUAGCUGUAACAGCUGAUGUGUUGCACUACCUGAGGUCCAGCAGUUUGUGGGUGUAUGUGUUUGAUGACAGCGAAGACCAGAUGCCGCCAUCCUAUCUGGCCAAGACUCCCAUCCCACUGCGAGCCAUGGCCACUGGCAGGGAGAUCAGAGGUGACUACGUUCUAAGGGAUCCAGCUGGUGGACCUCGGGGCAUGGUCAGGGUCUUGAUCAAAUGGAAGUAUCCCUUUCAACCAUCGGCGGACACUGUGCUGGUUAGACAGGGAAGACAGGAUAUGGAAAGAUCUGAGAAGGAGGAGAGGAGGAAAGAGGAGGCUAAAGCAUCACAGAGGCCUAUAGCCAAGCCCAGAAUUCAGCUACUUGAGCCGAGAGAAACCAGAGCAGUGCAGAAAGGGACUAAAGCUUUGCCACGGCCUCCAGCUGUAAAACAGAAAAGUUCACAGAACAUACUACCAGACCAAUCCACCUCGGUGAGACCGCUGGCCACAGGCAGGAAGAGAUCCACCAAGAGGUCACCUGACCUUUACCACGACACACCCCAUCUCACGCCUGAGCCUAGACUGACCACACCCUCUCAUUUGCCAACAAGAAAAUCUUCACCCACCACACUGUCGAGUACAAGCUCUGCCAGCGAUGUCAGGAUUCAGGACCUCCUCUCUGUGGAUCAUGUGUCAAUGGAUGAAGAGGAGGAGAGGAGUGAGAGUGCUGCUGCAGGAGUCAGUGAAGUCCCAGAGUCUUCAGAAUCAAGUUCCUCACAAAGCGACAUUGUCGUCAUUCCACCAAAACGGAAAAUGAGGAAGGGCAACAAGCUGAGAGUUGAGAUUCUGUCCCUGUCGUUUGAACCGUCCUCACGCGUGGCGCUGGACAAGUCAGUGCAGCGUGUUUAUGUGGAAUACCGGCUGCUGGGCGUCCCGAUGGAGACAACAGAAACGCCCAUGUCCCUCCGCAAACCCACAAAGGGAGAGGAGAUUCACUACAACUUCACACGAGUGAUAUAUGUGGAUGGUUCACAGUCAGCUCCACUCAGACAGCAUCUCUACACCAUGUUGGAGGGCACUGACCCCAACCAGGGCAGGUUAAAGUUCACCGUAGUCAGUGAGCCGAUGGACGACGACGAGGAGUGUGUGGAUGUCGGACAUGCUUUUCUGGACCUGCAGGAACUGCUGCUCACUGGAAAUGAUGUCAGCGACCAAGAAAUUGAUGUAGUUAGUGUGGAUGAGGACAAGGAGGUGAUAGGAAAUCUGAAAGUGUCUCUGGAAGCAGCGAAGGCUCUGACUGGGAUAUACCAGGAGUUUCACCAGAGAAGCGAGACGAAGAAAGAAGAUGACACAGAUGAAGAGGAGGAGGAGGAGGAAAAAGAAUUAAAGGAGAAAGAGGAA